UCUUCAGUUAAAGCACACGAGCUCGUUUACAUCUUUUAAUGCAAGAAGCCCCUCCAUUUGUGAAAGCUAACAGAUUUAUAGCCUUCAAGGACAAGGAUCUCUCGUCAAAACCCAAAAAAGUUUGAUAUUUUCUUUACCCGUACUCUUGGGUUUUCUGAACUCCGCGUUUGGACUUUGGAGUAGGUUUGCGGUAGCAAUGCGUGCACUUUCUGGGUACUUCCUGGAAGCUCUGUUUUUGCUCAAAUGAAUGAAGACAAGUAAAGUUCUUGGAGCCUAAUCACGGUCUCUGGUUAUUCGUUUGGUCUUUUUUGGACUUGUGGGUGUGCUGGCUUUCACUUGUUUUCUUCUUGGGGUUUCGUGAUGGUGCUUGAAGGAAGUGGAGACGGUAAUAUGUGGGGACUGAGAGUGAUAUCCAGACAUAAACGCUCUAAGAGCUUUCCUGGUAAGAGAAGAGUCGAGGGAGAUGGCCUGGAUGAUGCAUCGCGCCAUGUAAAGAGGGACAUGGGACAGUUGAAGGACAGCAUGAUAUCCAAAAAGAACCAAUCGGACAAGGCCAAGGUCCAAAAUUCUUUGAAGGAGGAGAUUCUACAGCUUGAGAACAGAUUGCAGGAUCAAUUCAAGGUCCGCCAUGCAUUAGAGAAAGUACUAGGUUGUAGGACUGCUUCCAAUGAUAAUACAAAUGAAGCGCCAAUGCCCAAGCCUGCCACAGAAUUAAUCAAGGAUAUUGCUGUGUUAGAGUUGGAAGUUGUAUACUUGGAACAAUAUCUUCUCUCCUUGUACAGAAAAGCAUUUGACCAACAAAUAUCCUUUGUAUCACCCUCUAGCAAUGGUGAAAGACUGAAAUCACCUGUAACCACCCCGGGAGGAAAAUUAUUGGGCAUAUCCAGACCUAGUAACAGAGUAAGAAGGGAAACUUCAGCUAUUCAGUCUGGUUGUCACUCACUUGAGAAUCCUUCGAAGGAUGCCAAUGAUACUGGAAGAGAAGAGAAGCUAUUAGAUUCUAACGUUAAUCGUUGUCACUCCUCGCUAUCACAACAUUCAGCAUUUUCAGUUAGAACAUCUCCUCCAGAAGAUUCCUUAGCUAAAGCCGUACGGGCAUGCCACUCCCAGCCAUUGUCCAUGACGAAGUAUGCUCAGAAUGCAUCAAACAUAAUCAGCUUGGCUGAGCAUCUCGGCACUCGUAUUUCUGAUCAUGUUCCAGAUACACCCAACAAGCUUUCUGAGGACAUGAUAAGAUGCAUGUCAGCCAUAUACUGCAAGCUUGCAGACCCAACUUUGACGAAUAAUGACCUUUCAUCUCCCAAUUCCUCCGUUUCACCAAUGAGUACAUUUUCCCCACGAGGUCAAUGUGAGACAUGGAGUCCACGAUUUGGGAACAAUUCAUCUUUUGAUGUACGGUUGGAUAAUCCUUUCCAUGUGGAAGGACUUAAAGAGUUUAGCGGACCAUACAGCACAAUGGUUGAAGUACCAUGUAUAUAUCGAGAUAGUCGGAAAAUUGAUGAUGUCGAAAUCUUGCUACAGAAUUUCAGGUUACUUGUCUGUAGAUUGGAAGAAGCUGAUCCUAGGAAGUUGAAACAUGAGGAAAAGCUUGCCUUCUGGAUCAACAUACACAAUGCAUUAGUGAUGCAUGCAAUCUUGGCUUAUGGGGCUACACAGAACAAUGUGAAGAGACUCUAUCUGCUAUUAAAGGCUGCAUACAACAUUGGGGGUCACACAGUGAGCGCAAACACGAUACAGAGUACUAUCCUGGGAUGCCGGAUGUCUCGUCCUAGCCAGUGGAUUCGCUUAUUACUCUCUUCGAAGACAAAAUUCAAGACAGGAGAUGAACGACAAGCAUAUGCAAUUGAGCAUCCAGAACCCUUGUUGCACUUUGCUCUAUGUUCAGGAAACCAUUCUGAUCCGGCGGUCCGUAUGUACACUCCCCAGAGAGUAUUUCAAGAGCUUGAAAUUGCAAAAGACGAUUAUAUCCAGGCAUCAUUCGGCAUACGAAAAAACCAGAAAAUUGUUCUAGCAAAGGUUGUAGAGUCAUUUGCAAAGGAUUCGGGUUUGUGUCAGGCGGGCAUUAUGGAAAUGAUACAACAAUCUCUGCCUGAAUCUCUGAGGAAGAGUAUUAAGAAAUGUCAACUGGGAAAAUCCCGCAAAAGCAUAGAAUGGAUUCCUCACAAUUUUACGUUCCGAUAUUUGAUAUCUAAAGAGCUGGUGAGGUAAAUGCUUGCUUACUCUUGAAUGCUUUCAUUACUAGCAAUGAUUGGCAUGGUUAUUAAGGGUGGUUUCUUUUUGAAAAUGCUAUGCAUUUCCUUGUACAAAGUGGAAAGUGAAGCUGGAAAUCAUAGGGGAUAGAAUGAGUAACAUAGGGGCUUUUGUCUUUGUAUAAUCUCGUCUUCCAUAUUAUGAGAUGGGCGUAACUCCAAUGCCCUAGAUGGUGAAAGAAUCAAAAGCUUGCAUCUGUCAAUGUAUAUAUAACCUAGUUCAGUGUUCAUUUUUGUUUUUACCAUUUCUGC